UUUUCUCCGGUGACGGAAGUGACGCCACAGCUCAAAGAAGAAGCCCAAAAAUGUCGGCCCCGUUAGAGGUGGUCAUGAGCAGCGACGCGAGCUCUCAGCUUUGGAACGUAUCCGUGUUCGACGUGCAUAGCGGCUCCAGCCUGCUCUCCUACCGCGGCGGCAACAGUUCGGCCCGCACGCUGUGUCUCGUCAACGGCCAGUACCUGCUGUCCGCGCAGCUGGCCAAGAACUUCAUCAACGUUUGGGAGAUCCACAGGAAGGAGCAGCUUCAGCAGAAGAUCGUUUGUCCGGGUGCCGUCACGUGCAUCAGCGCCUCAGCGGACGGUGUUUUCUUGGCGGCCGGCGUGGGCGAAGCUAUUUAUUUGUGGGAGGUGUCCACAGGCAAGCUGUUGUAUGUGGUCACUCGUCACUACCAGGACGUUACCUGUGUCAAGUUCACGGAUGAUGGCAGCCAUUUUGUUUCUGGAGGGAAAGACAGUGUGGUUCUGGUGUGGAGUCUCAGCAGUGUGAUCCAGGUGGACUUAAGCUAUGCCCCCGAGCCUCGUCACAUCCUGUCUCAUCACUCUCUGCCAAUCACAGACCUCCACUGUGGCAUGAUGGGAGCUCAGGCCCGAGUCGCCACUGCGUCCUUGGACCAAACAGUCAAGCUGUGGGAGGUGUCUUCAGGCGAACUCCUCCUCUCGGUGCUCUUUGAUGUAGAAAUCAUGUCCGUGACCCUUGACCCAUGCGAACACUUCCUGUUCUGUGGCGGCAGCGACGGGAACAUCUUCCAGGUUUCUCUGUGCACCCAGCAGGGCGCGUCGGCGGAUAAAUCGUUCCAGUGCGAAGGCGAGGGGAAGCGAACAUUCAAAGGACACAGGAAAAUGGUCACCUGCCUGUCCGUGUCCAUGGAUGGGACGCUCCUGGUGUCGGGAUCGCACGAUGAGUCGGUGCGACUGUGGGAUGUCCAAAGCAAACAAUGCGUCCGUUGCUUCGCUCACAAAGGCCCGGUGACAAACGCAAGCAUCGUGGUGGCUCCCGCCAACAUGUUCCUACCCGACUCGCGACCCUCCGUCCCCCUGCCGCGAUUUAGCCGCCACCAGCUGGAAAGCGACGGCGGCCAAUCGGGCGAAGCCUGCGUCCGCCUCGGACUCUACGCUCAGGAGGAGGAGCCGGCCUACCUGCAGAAAGCCGACAGACUCGACGCUUUGAUGAACAGCGUGAGCGACAAGUGGCUUCUGGGAGACGGCGAGAACAGCAAAGCGCGUGUGGCCGAGCUGGAGGAGGAGGUUCAAACGCUGAAGAAGGUCAACAAAGAUUUGUACGACUUCUCCAGUCAGCUGCUGACCAAAGCCACGUGAGGCUUCGGCAUCCCGCUUGCAUCGAGUUUCGAUUCGAACCAAUAAAAGUGCUCCUGCUCA